AUGCCUGAGUGGAGCUUCCUGGUGACUGGAGCAGGAGGGUUUUUAGGACAGAGGAUUGUCCAGUUGUUAAUGCAGGAGAAAGAUCUGGAGGAGAUCAGGGUCCUGGACAAGUUCUUCAGACCAGAAGCCAGGGAGCAAUUCUUCAACCUAGGGACAAGCAUCAAGGUGACAGUGUUGGAAGGAGACAUUCUUGACACCCAGUACCUGAGGAGAGCUUGCCAGGGCAUUUCUGUUGUCAUCCACACUGCUGCCAUCAUUGAUGUCAGAGGUGUCAUUCCCAGACAGACAGUCCUGGAUGUCAAUCUGAAAGGUACACAGAUUCUUUUAGUUCUUUGCCAAGACCAUCACAUAAGGUCACUCAGUGCUGGUUUCCAGAAUGAAAACUAG